UAAUCCAUUAUUAUUUUUGCCUUACCCUUUCUCCUCUUUAAACCUCCGAUCCCUUCCGUGACUUGCUUAUGUAUAUGUUUAUUAUUAAAAUGUGUGAGGGUGGCACCCUCUCUCUCUCUCUCUCUCAUGCUUUCUAUCACUCGCGCUGUAAAGCAACCUCUCCAAAGUAAACACACAUAUAUAUACGUCGAAAGUUUCAAAAAUAAAGGCUAACACGCGCUGUCCCUCCUUUAUCUUGCUUAUUAUAGAGACAUUGUGUCGGUCUUUUGCCAGUGCACCUACCUUUCAAUUAAAAGAAAAGGAUCCUCUUCAUGAAGGUGACCACUAUUGUCAAGUACCCAAUCGUAGUCUUAUCGAACUCGAUGGAGCCGAUACACCUAAAUUUUUACAAGGUUUAAUGACCAACGACAUGUCAAAGAUCUCACCAGGUGGUCAUGGUUUUUAUGCCGCCUUUUUAACCCCUCCCGGUCGUAUGUUAUUUGACACGUUUAUCUAUCCAGUGAACGUAGGCGAGAAUUUCCCUCACCCAAAGUACAUGAUUGAUUGUCCCAGCGAUACCAAGACGUUAUUCAUGCGACACAUCAAACGUUAUUUAUUACGCUCCAAGAUUAAAAUGCGAGACUGUUCCGACGAAUAUGGAUUAUGGCAUAUGUGGGGUCCUGCCUUGAAAGGAGAAGGUGAUCCUGAAUUGAUUCAGAAAGGUCAAGGGUAUACAGAUAUUGGAUGUACAGAUCCUCGUAUCCCAGGAUUUGGUUAUCGAGCCGUCGUCAAGAAGGAUACAGAUAUUCAACACAUCUUUCCCAAAUCAGUGCUAACGGUGGUCAAAAAAAAAUGUAUAGUUGAUUUUAGAAAGGGUUGCUAUGUUGGACAGGAAUUAACUAUUCGUACAUAUCAUACGGGUGUUGUACGUAAACGUCUUGUACCUGUACAAAUCUACCACAAGGAUGAUCCUGUACCUACCGUACAAAGUGUGAACCGUAACCAAACAUUGCCUUCUGUACUCCUUCCUCAGACCGAUAUCAAGUUGGUUCAAGGUGUGAGUAAACGAGGCGUAGGUAAGAUGGCUUCCGGUGUACAUAACAUUGGUUUAGCGUUAAUGCGAUUAGAACAUGUACAAAAUUCGCUUGUGGAUAACGACGUAGCUUUUACCGUACCUGAGGACGACUCUCUUCGUAUUAAACCUUUCUUACCCGAAUGGUGGGCACAAGAGCGU